CCUGCAUCUCACCCAUUUGUUGUCUCCCCGCAUCCUUAGUAAAGCCGGACCCUCCCGAGGACCUGCGGGUCUCGCCCAUCCCCGGGGAGACCAAGAAAUUGCUGCUGGAGUGGAGCCCGCCGGGGUCUUGGCCCUUCCCGCAGUACUUCCCGCUCAAGUACCGCAUCCGCUACGCGCGGGAGGAGGGCUCUGUCACCAGAACGAUCGGGCCCUACGAACAGACGUCCUACACCCUGACGGGGCUGCGGCCCGGCACCCUGCACCACGUCCAGGUGGCUGCCAAGGACUUCACGGACUACGGGGAGUUCAGCGCCUGGAGCCUGCCGGCCUCGGGGACGCCCUGGACGGAGCCGUGAGAGGCAGAGCGGGGCCGGCGUCGGGUCCCCCCCCCUCCCCGGCUCCUCCUCAGGGACCCCCCGUGCCCCCUCUGCUCUAUCCCCGUGCCCCCCAGAAGCCACCAGAAGCCCCCUGGGUGGCCGUGAAGAGGCAAUAAAAGCAUCUCGAGGCUCCCA